AUGGAGGAACAGUCCUCACCAGGCCUAGAGUCCCUUCUGGCAUUAUGGCCUGUUGCUAGCAGCCUGAGCGAGACACUCCCUGUUGGAGAUCUGAUCACGCUUUCAAGGCUCAGUGCCACACUCCGUGCAGUUCUUCAUGGCUUCGAGAGACCGGAAUGCACCCAUAACCUGGGAAAAUCCGUCGCCGUCAGGAGAGAGCUCAGAGUCGGCCAGCACGCGACGACAUACUGGCAGAGCCUCAAGAAUCGUGCUCCAUUUGAAUGCUCGUCUCCAAGUCAUACAAAAGGCUCAAACCCGAGGCCAUGUCGAUACUGCUCGAGACCUAUCUGUGCAGCUUGCAUCGUUCGAUCUUCCUUCGCCAGAGGCCACGAGAAUACCUUUCAGAACCGGAUUCGCUACCUAUGCAAGGGGUGUUGGGAAUCCGGGAACAUCAGUAGAAGCCACCGCUUUGAAUUGGAUUCUUCCGUACCUGGGACCAAGCAGACUCAGUGGCACGACCCCAACGGCAGCACCAAGAAUUACUGUACCUGCACGCUAAAGGACGACGGCUGGUUAUGUCUCGACUGUAAAGACCUGCAAAACUGGGAAGCAAUCUCCUCCGGGGACACGGAUUGCCACGGUCUGCAAUGUGGCAGCAAGCUCGAUGCCGACAAGGAGCGAAGAAGGAUCUGUCUAUGGUGCGAUAAAGCACUGCCCAGACAGAUCGGAGGGACUACUCGGCACCACUGGAACCAGAAAAUGGUAGAAGCACGGGCUAGGAAUGCCGCAGCCCGCCAGGCCGACCUCGAAGAGUACAACCGCAGGCGUCAGAAACUUCUCCGGAUGUCUCGUCGAGAAAUGCGCGGCGAUGAAGCCGUCAGGGAUGAUCCAGACGCCGACGUUCCCCAGUUCAUCAGGCAUCUCGACACCGUCAAUUACCGAGCGUAUCUCAACGAGACGGCCGCUCCAAGUGGCGACAGUGUCUACGACUCCAAAAGAGGCUACUGGAGAUACAACACAGAGUUUCUUCUUAAGAUGCGACCUCGAUGCCAACAAGUGAUCCGACCGCCACAGCUCGCCACCCUCAACCAGACAGACAUCUGCGGCUUGCGCUUUGCACGCACCAAUGCUGAAAAGUCAGAGGACACCUUCUCCUUCACAGCCAUGGCCCCGUCCAUGUCCAAAGACAGGGUCAAGGAGUGGUGUACGCUGAAAGCGCACAUUCUUGAGCUCCUCCUGGUUCGGAAGCUGAGCUACGCCGAGACAUGUAACGUGAUGUACCAAGACCACGAUUUCGACGCAAGCCUCAAAGAAUACAGAAAGGUGCUGCAUCUAUGGUACUCCCAGGGCCACUUCGGAAGGUAUCGAAGAGGCUCGUCUCUCGACCGCGAAGAUGACCAUGAUUCUAUUGUUGCUGACAGCGGCGGCAGCCCCUCAUCUUCUCUGGCUGCUCCCGAAGACACGGGUCUCGAAAGGAUUCCAACUCUCGACAGCGACCUUAGCCUCGACUCCGCCACGUCCGCAUACAUCUACAGGGCGACCUCGAACGAGCAUCGUCUAUUUCGCACAAACACCAGAUCCACCACUGCGUCUGUCAUCGAAGAUCCCGCCCGUUAUUCGUCAGAACCUCCUCUUCCCCCUCCUCGUGUUUCCCGCAGACGAGAUUCGAAGUGGUCCGCGUUGAAAAGAAAGAUACAACAGGACCGACACUCCCUUUUGCGGGCGGGAGAAAGCUCCAACGCUCCCGACGUGGUAACAACAGCAACAACCACCGCAACAACGACAGCAAGAGCAAGGCAACAUGGACAGUCUCGCGGCGACGACGGCGACGACGACGACGACGAGGAGGAGUCAUGCUCACCGGAUACCUCAUGGGCCUGCGUACCAGACGACGACUUGGCCCCUGGUCUCGCAGAGUCUGCCCAUGCCGUCACCCGUGUCGGCGUCGGCGUCGGCGAGCAGACUGAAGAGAACCCUCCGCCGUACUCUCCAAAUGGGUGGAUAUGGCCCUAG